UUGAAGAGUUAUUUCGGAAAAGUUGACAUUGUCUUCCUGUUGGUUUGACAGCAGCGAGGGGAGGAGGGUGGUGUAAAGUACAGAUCUCAGACCGGUUUCUCGACGAUACUGAGGAGGAGUACUCCGGCGAAGUCAAGUCUCUAAAACUGGUCGGAUAGAGAAGAACGCCGGAGUGUCAUCGGCAGACACGGGGGCGACGAAGACAGUGAUCGAAAAGUUACCAGGAAGAAUCUUUGGAGUAAGACAGCGAAGAACUUCGGUGAAACUUUGAGCUGUCACUCAAGUCAGAGAGACAGGACUUCCAGCUGAGGGGACCCCGGAGCGGCCUGGCUGUUGAUCCGACGACGAAGCCGGGGGAGCCGGGGAGCCGAGGAGAGCGUCGGCCCUGUAGAAGUUUUACUCCGCGAAGAGGCAAAGAGUCAAUCGCAGGGUGCCGGGUCAUCCGGACAGAGACCUCAUGAAUGGAAACAACAGGAGCCGCUGGAACCCAAGCCCUCUUUGCGUUGCCACGGCGGCCCGGCUAUGGCAACAUCGGGAAGCCCAUCAAGCUUCUGGCCAACUGCUUCCAAGUAGAAAUACCCAAAAUUGACGUCUACCUCUACGAGGUGGACAUCAAACCGGACAAAUGUCCUCGCCGAGUCAACAGGGAGGUGGUGGACUCCAUGGUCCAACAUUUCAAGGUGACCAUCUUCGGUGACCGUCUGCCCGUUUACGAUGGGAAGAAAAGCCUUUACACUGCAAAUCCACUUCCUGUGGCCACCAGCGGGGUGGACCUGGACGUUACCCUGCCAGGUGAGGGCGGGAAGGACCGUCCCUUUAAGGUCACCAUCCGGUUCGUGUCGUUGGUCAGCUGGCACAUGCUGCACGAAGUCCUGACAGGACGCGGCGUUCCCGAGCCCGUGGACCUGGAGAAACCCAUCAGCACUAAUCCCGUUCACGCUGUAGACGUGGUCCUUCGACACCUCCCCUCCAUGAAGUACACCCCCGUGGGUCGAUCUUUCUUCUCCUCUCCGGAGGGCUACGACCACCCACUGGGCGGAGGAAGAGAGGUCUGGUUCGGUUUCCAUCAGUCGGUGCGUCCUGCCAUGUGGAAAAUGAUGCUUAACAUUGAUGUGUCAGCCACAGCCUUCUACAAAGCCCAGCCGGUCAUCCAGUUCAUGUGCGAGGUCCUGGACAUCCACAACAUCGACGAGCAGCCCCGCCCCCUCACCGACUCCCACAGGGUCAAGUUCACCAAAGAGAUCAAAGGUCUGAAGGUGGAGGUGACCCACUGUGGAACCAUGAGGAGGAAGUACAGGGUCUGCAACGUCACGCGACGUCCCGCCAGCCUUCAGACGUUUCCACUGCAGCUGGAGAACGGUCAGACUGUGGAACGCACAGUGGCCCAGUACUUCAGAGAGAAGUACAGUCUGCAGCUCAAGUAUCCACACCUGCCCUGCCUGCAGGUGGGCCAGGAGCAGAAACACACCUACCUGCCCCUGGAGGUUUGUAACGUUGUCGCCGGGCAACGCUGCAUCAAAAAACUGACCGACAACCAGACGUCGACCAUGAUCAAAGCCACAGCUCGCUCUGCACCGGACCGACAGGAGGAGAUCAGCAGACUGGUGCGGAGCGCCAACUACGAGUCCGACCCCUUCGUCCAGGAGUUUCAGUUCCGCGUGAGGGACGAGAUGGCUCAGGUGUUGGGCCGCGUGCUGCCGGCCCCCAUGCUGCAGUACGGCGGCAGGGUGAGCUCUGAACCAUUUAUGGUACCUUCCUUUUUUUUUUCCCCCAGGAGUUUCACCGAACAAUUGCGUAAAAUCUCAAAGGAUGCUGGGAUGCCCAUCCAAGGCCAGCCGUGCUUCUGUAAGUACGCGCAGGGAGCCGACAGCGUGGAGCCCAUGUUCAGACACCUGAAGGACACGUACGCCGGGCUGCAGCUCAUCAUCGUCAUCCUGCCUGGAAAAACGCCCGUUUACGCCGAGGUGAAGCGUGUGGGCGACACUCUGCUGGGCAUGGCCACCCAGUGUGUCCAGGUGAAGAACGUGGUGAAGACGUCCCCUCAGACGCUGUCCAACCUCUGCCUGAAGAUCAACGUCAAACUGGGAGGAAUCAACAACAUCCUGGUUCCUCACCAACGGCCGUCCGUGUUCCAGCAGCCCGUCAUCUUCUUGGGAGCAGACGUCACUCAUCCUCCAGCAGGAGACGGCAAGAAACCAUCGAUCGCCGCGGUGGUGGGCAGCAUGGACGCCCACCCCAGCAGGUACUGCGCCACAGUCAGGGUGCAGAGGCCCCGACAGGAGAUCAUCCAGGACCUGGCCUCCAUGGUGCGGGAGCUGCUGAUCCAGUUCUACAAGUCCACCCGCUACAAACCCACCAGGAUUAUCUUCUACAGGGACGGGGUCUCUGAGGGCCAGUUCAGACAGGUGCUGUACUAUGAGCUGCUGGCCAUCAGAGAGGCCUGCAUCAGCCUGGAGAAGGAGUACCAGCCGGGGAUCACCUACAUCGUGGUCCAGAAACGUCACCACACUCGUCUCUUCUGCGCCGACCGCAACGAGCGGGUGGGACGAAGUGGAAACAUUCCUGCAGGAACCACCGUGGACACGGACAUCACUCAUCCCUAUGAGUUUGACUUCUAUCUCUGCAGCCACGCAGGGAUCCAGGCCACCAGCCGUCCGUCCCACUACCACGUCCUGUGGGACGACAACUGUUUCACGGCCGAUGAGCUGCAGCUCCUCACCUACCAGCUGUGCCACACCUACGUCCGCUGCACUCGCUCCGUCUCCAUCCCUGCGCCGGCCUACUACGCCCACCUGGUGGCCUUUAGAGCACGCUACCACCUGGUGGACAAAGAGCACGACAGUGCGGAGGGCAGCCACGUCUCAGGCCAGAGCAACGGCAGGGACCCUCAGGCUCUGGCCAAGGCCGUUCAGAUCCACCACGACACACUGAGGACCAUGUACUUUGCCUGAACCACCUCCUUCACCUCUCUCACACUCAACUCUCGUCCAGUCUUAAGGUUCGACUCCACACCUGGUGCAGUUUUUGGUACAGUGGCGGUGGGGGAGG